AUUAUAAAAAAACAAAAUUUUUUAUGGACAUUAUUAAAAAAAAAACAAUUAAACAAACAGUUCGUCGACAAAAAGGAAAUUUCAAGAAGAGAAGGACAAACAAACAAAAAAAAUCAAAUAAAUAAUUGUCCGACCUUCCUUCUCCGUCAUUGCGCUUUCUCUUCCCCUCUCCCUUUCCAGUUUGUAAAGUUUCCCCCUUUACAUUUCCCCGGCACAUAAUCGAACCCUAAAACUCCUUCCCUCAAUUUCGCCAUCUCCAAAACCCUCACAAUCCAUCGCCAAUCAAUCGAUUCUUCCUCUCUCCCGCUCGGGAACUCGAUUGGGUUUCUGGUUCUUUUUUUCUGCUCGCGGCGGAAAGUGGAAUUCGGCGGGAGGGGGGGCAAAAUUCGGCAAUUCCCGACUGUGAUUUCUCGUUUUCACCGCGCGCGCAAUCAAAAUCACCAUGAGCUUUCAAGAUCUUGAGUCCGGGCGCACCUUGGGCGGCGUCGGCAGGAGGGACCUGAGGAACGGGAAACAGGACGCCACGCAGGCGGUCGCGUCCGGGAUUUUCCAGAUCAAUACCGCCGUCUCGACUUUCCAACGCCUGGUGAAUACCCUCGGCACUCCCAAGGAUACUCCUGAGCUGCGUGAGAAGCUGCACAAGACAAGAUUACACAUCGGGCAAUUGGUGAAAGAUACUUCUGCAAGACUUAAACAAGCGAGUGAUGUGGAUCACCAUUCUGGAGUUGAUCAACGUAAGAAGAUUGCUGAUGCCAAACUUGCAAAGGAUUUUGAAGCAGUUCUGAAAGAGUUUCAGAAGGCCCAGCGUCUCUCAGCUGAGAGGGAAACAGCUUAUUCCCCAUUUGCUGCCCAAGCAAAUGUUCCUUCCAGUUACACAGCCAAUGAGGUAGAUGCAAGUUCGGAUAAGAAUCCUGAAGAACGUUCUCUUCUGAUGGAGACAAAAAGACAAGAAGUCGUACUAUUGGACAAUGAGAUCGCCUUCAACGAGGCAAUCAUUGAAGAAAGAGAGCAGGGAAUACACGAGAUUCAGCAGCAAAUUGGCGAGGUGAAUGAGAUUUUCAAAGAUCUUGCGGUCCUUGUCCACGAGCAAGGAACUAUGAUCGAUGAUAUAGGUUCCCACAUAGAUAAUGCCCAUGCUGCAACAUCACAAGGGAGACAACAGCUCGCUAAAGCUGCAAAAACCCAAAAAUCAAAUUCAUCCCUGACGUGCUUACUCUUGGUCAUCUUUGGGAUCGUGCUCCUCAUCGUGAUCGUAGUGCUUGCAGCCUAAUCCUUGGUUCUUCCUCAUUCAACGAUGGUUGAGUACCUGCAUGGCUCAGUUUUCAACGGAAAUAGCGAUUCUCUGUGGUGAAAGGGGGGAAAAAGAAAGCGAUCUCUUCUUCUGAUAAUGUCUUUGUUGGUUGAUUUCUUUUUUACUGAGACAAUGGCUGAAUGAAAGUGUUGAUCUUUUGAGGUGGUGGUGGUGGUAUAUAUAUUGUAUUGUUCUUUCCUGCAUAGCGUGAUUAUAUAGUGUGUUUUGGUUUUCUGUUUCUUGGAAUGUUUGUUUGUUAAUUCUUCAUACAAAUGAAUAUUCUCGAUUCGAUUGUUUACACUGUUUUCAUCUCCCAGGCCAAAAUGGCGCCCAAUAUGUCGCAAAAUAUCAUUAUGCUGCACCGAAUCGCGGUAUUUUGCGCGUUUCCAGUUCGAUGUCUGAGAAUUACCG